UCUUGGUGUGCGUGAGAGGCUCUCGUGGAGGUCGUGAUUUGUACGGACAGCAUAAUAACAAAAAUGCCAACCAAUUUAUCGAUAAAGGAUUUCUACAGAGAGAAAAACAUUCUAGUGACUGGCGGAACUGGUUUUAUGGGUAAAGUUCUCUUGGAAAAACUUCUAUACAGCAUACCCGAUAUUGGAAAUAUUUACAUUUUAAUGAGACCAAAAAAGGGAAAGUCCAUAGAACAAAGAUACGAAGACAUGCAACGCUUGCCGAUAUUCGAUCGUUUGAGAAACGAGAAACCAUCAGCUUUAAAAAAAAUUAAGCCGGUUCAAGGAGAUGUCUUGUUUGAUAAUUUUGGAUUAUCGGAUAGAGAUAUAGAAAUAUUCUCUGAGGAGAUAUCUCUGGUCUUUCAUUUCGCUGCUACCUUGAGGUUGGAAGCGCCACUCAAGGACAACAUAAAUAUGAAUACAUGUGGAACACAGAGAGCGCUUAAUAUAGCGAAGAAAUUUAAAAAAAUGCUAGUUUUUGUUCACUUAUCAACAGCUUUCUGCUAUCCAGACUAUGCUGUUUUAGAAGAAAAAAUACACGCACCCCCUGUGAAGCCAUCUGAUAUCAUGCAUUUAAUCGAAUGGUUGGACGAGAAACAAGUUAAUCUUCUUACUCCUUCUCUACUUGGUCCGCAUCCUAACUGCUAUACUUAUUCAAAAAGAUUAGCUGAGAGUGUAGUAGACGACGCAUACAGUAGUCUUCCUGCAGUUAUAGUUCGGCCUAGUAUAGUUUGUCCUGCACUUAGUGAACCUGUGCCAGGUUGGGUUGACAGUCUUAAUGGUCCAGUUGGGCUCAUGCUUGGAGCGGGUAAAGGUGUAAUUCGAAGCAUGCUAUGCGAUGGAAGUCUGAUAGCACAAGUAGUCCCCGUAGACACAGCCAUCAACGCAGUCAUUGCCAUAGGGAUGAUUGAAGGAUCGAAGACAAAAAAGCCCGAAAUGAUGCCAAUAUACAACGUAAACAUUGGACACCAAAAGCCAACGACUUGGGGUGAUGUGCUCAAAGUAGGAAAAGAUUAUGGUCGUAAAUACCCACUCGCUUUACCACUUUGGUAUCCCAAUGGUGACAUAACGACCAAUUACAUACAACAUGAAUAUAAACGAAUUUUCUAUCACAUAAUACCUGCCUAUUUCAUCGAUUUUAUUUUUUUUCUAUUCGGACAAAAGCGCUUCAUGGUACGAGUUCAGAAACGAAUUAAUCAAGGUCUCGACUUAUUACAAUAUUUUACAAUGAGACCUUGGAACUUCCCAUGUCCUAACUUCGACAGUAUUCAAUCAAAACUCAACGAGGACGAUAAGGUUACGUUUAAUACAGAUCUAACUAACUCUGAUCGUGAUAAAUACAUGCAGUUAUGUGUGGAGGGUGGUCGAAUUUACUGUCUUAAAGAAGAUCCAAGCAAAAUUCACAUAAAUAGAACAUACCAUAACUUCUUAUACGUAUUGGACUGGAUAGUGAAGAUUUUCUUUUGGCUGAUGAUUUUAUCUAUCCUGGCAAGUUGGUUCAAUCCAAUCAAAACUGCCUUAAGUUACGGAGGAUCAUUUGUGAAAUUUCUGCCGAUACUAGGACGAGUUGUCUUCGAUGAAGAUAUUUGAAUCUUUCGUUUUCUUCUAAUCCUAUCAGUAAAGGGUGCCAGGAAAUCGUUUUAAAGGAUCUAAAUAUAAUGCUUAAGAUUGUAAUCUUGGAUUAUAUACAAAGAUAAAGGUUUUAUAUGGAUUGGAUUUCAUCUUGUAUUAGAACGGUGGUUGAGAACUUUUUGUAAAAUAUCAUUUCAUGUAAUUGUUCAAUUUUAUUGUAAUAAAAACCGAAGUCUGUUUUGAAAAUAGAAACUAGAUUUAGGAGAUUUUAGAGAAACUUGAUUUUUUACAACCAUAUAACAUAAUUGUAACUCACUUGAAUAACCAGCUUGGUUACCCAAACGAUAUCAAUGUUUUCAUUAAAACAAGUACAAUGGCGUAAUGAAUUAGAUUAAAAAUUGUUAUUCUAAUAAAUAUACACUUAUAACAUUUAUUUAAAUUAAAUAUUACGGGUGAAGUGGUGCUCAAAUUGUUUACAAAGAUUUCUUUUUUUUAAACAUCGAAUAUGUCACAGAAACGAAAUGACAUGAAAUAUUUUACAAAUGUUAUUUAUUAUAAUUAUGCAAAGUAAGAAACUAUAUAUAUUUAAAAUAGAUUUCAAAUUACAAUUUGCUUUAGAAAGAUAGUAAUAGGACUAGGAAUAAUCUACGAAUACAUACAUAUAGUGGGUAUGUAUUCAGCGCGAAUAUGCUUCAGAAUAGUACAACUUUUUUUCUUUUUUUUUAUGGCAAUUAUUCUGCCAAUACCACAUACCUAAAACUAUAAUAUGUAUAUUCGCUGGUGAUUGAUCAUUUGGAAAUAGUUAUUCCAAUGAUAUUAAAAAGUACCUAAAUAGGUUAUUUUCUUUAUAAUAUCAUUGAGUUAUUAUUAUUUUUGUUUAUUAUAUAUUAUUGAGUUAUUUUUGUUAGAAGACGAAAGAAGACGAAAGUCUUCAACCAAUGCGUCUUACCUGCCAUGACAUACGGUGCCGAAACGUGGACACUAACUGCGGGACUAGUCCACAAAUUCAAAGUCGCUCAGCGUGCUAUGGAGCGAGCUAUGCUCGGAGUAUCUUUGAAGGAUAAGAUCAGAAAUGAGAUUAUCCGGAAAAGAACCGGAGUCACCGACAUAGCUUGCAAAAUUAGCAGGCUGAAGUGGCAGUGGGCUGGUCACGUAUGUCGUAGGAACGAUGGCCGUUGGAGCAGACGAGUCCUAGAGUGGAGACCGCGAAUCGGCAAGCGCAGCGUAGGGCGCCCUCCAGCCAGGUGGACCGACGACCUUAAGAAGGUGGCGGGCACCAACUGGAUGCGGAAGGCGGAGGACAGGGAGCUUUGGCGCACCUUGGGAGAGGCCUAUGUUCAGCAGUGGACAACGAUUGGCUGUUGAUUGAUUCACUAUUUUUUUUUUGUAUUUGUGUAUAUUAUGCUAUAAAUUUUCAUAUUGCUUUAUUUCAGAAAAAUGCCUUUCUCACACUGUAUUGCAUAAGCAAAAAUAAUUUCACAUAAAAAUCUACCUCAAUACAGGCAUUCGCAAAUGUGCAUAUAAUUUUAGUUUUACCAAAUAAUUAAUGUCACUUUUAUAUAUCUUUUUUUUUCAUAUUUUUUGGCUUGUCUUCUAAUGACUUAUUUUGUUGAGGGUGGGUUCAUCAUGUUGUUAAAUAUAUAAACAAUUUA